AUGAUGAUCAACACUCACUAUAAUUGUAGUGGUGAGUUAGCUCGAUGCGCAACUCCUCAGAGUGCGAUUUGCUUCAAUGAUGGAAUGCCGAAUCCGAGAGAUUGCUCAGUAUGCUUGUGUCCAUUUGGAUACGGCGGUACGCAUUGCAACAGAAGAGUAAGUCAAAACUGGUAA